AACAAGCAGCAGCUCCUGGCUAUUGGGGUUUGACCCUGGAGCUGUCAACAGCUCGUGAAUUUUGGGGCUUGGACCUUGCAAAGGCCAACGGCACUUUGAUAUUUUGCUAUUCACCCUGCAAAGGCCAAGAACCUUUGAAUAUUAGUGUUUACAUCUUGCAAAGGCCAAGGGCCUUUGGAUAUUGGUGUUUACAUCUUCAAAGGCCAAGGGCCUUUGGUCACUGGGCUUUAGACCCUGCAAAGGCCAAGAACCUUUGAAUAUUAGUGUUUACAUCUUGCAAAGGCCAAGGGCCUUUGGAUAUUGGUGUUUACAUCUUCAAAGGCCAAGGGCCUUUGGUCACUGGGCUUUAGACCCUGCAAAGGCCAAGGGCCUUUGGAUAUUGGGGUUUGAACCCUGCAAAGGCCAAGGGCCUUUGGUCACUGGGGUUUAAGCCCUGCCAAGACCAAGGGCCUUUGGUCACUGGUAUUUUCUCGCUUCUUGUGGAAGGGGCAGAUGGAGACCCGGCGGGGAGCUCGAGGGCUUUCUCACCAGGGACGUUCCUCCAGAGCCCCUGAGGUGCUGGUAGUCAACCGUGACAGCAUGGCCAAUUCCAACAUCUGCACCGACAAUCCUGGGAACAUCCUCUCAACUCAGACAUCCACUGACAAACAGCAUCCCUGUCAAUUGGUUCGGGAAGCUACAGAGAAUUGUGUGCGCAUGUGGCAACAAUUUGAUCAAAUGGAGGAGAGUACCCAGAGGAUCAGAGGCCAAUACCAGCUCAUAGACUCUCUGCUAGAAGAAAUCAGAAGUGACUGUGCAAACCUUGAGAAGUCCAGGGAAAUGCUGCUGCAAUGCACUGGAAUCCCGGAGCCAGGAGCCUUGCGUCUGCACCAGCAGAACACCAAACAGCGGAAGGAAGCGUCAGCCCAGGAGGAAAAGGCAGAGCAGCAGGACUGGAUGGAGGUUUCCCAGGAGGAAGAGCCAUCGAGCUGGUCUCUUGAGCACCUUAGCUGGGAAUCCUCUGACCAAGGGCACGCAGCAGCCCAGGCAUGCAGAGAGGAGGAGCUGCUGGGCCAGAAGGCUGAGCUUGAGGGCCGACUGGCAGCCACAGAGUGGCUCCAAAAAGACCUUUCCAGGCAGCUGGCAGAGACCAGGUCAGCAAAGGAGAGCCUGGAAUCCAGGCUGUUUGCUGCUCAGCAGCAGAUAGCUCAGCUGGAGAUCUCCAUGAACCAUCUGGAGGCUCACGUGCUCACAGUCACACUGGACAAAGAGGUGAUAGAAGGACAAGUGAAAUGCCUGCAAGGUGAGCUGGAAGCAGAGAGAGCUCUCAGGAAGCAGGAACAGGAAGACACAGCUCAAGAACUCCUGCAGGCACAGCAGCAGCAUCACAAAAGCCUCAGGCCUCAGGGAACAGCUCAGCAAGUGGAAAUAAAGAAGCUCCUGGAAGACCUGGCAAGUGAACAUGAAAGGCACCGUGCAGAGAUGCAGGAGAUGCUGGAGCAAUGGGAAAAAGAGAAGGCAGGGAGAGAGAAGGAGCACAAGGAGGUGCUGUUGGGGAUGAGACAGAAAGUAGCCACCCUGCUGGCCCAACAAGAAGAAUUAACGAGAUUUGAAAAUGCCAAGCGAGAGGUCCUGCUGGAAGAGCAGAAGGAGAAGAGUGCUUUAUCAGAGGCACUGCUCCAAACUCAGGGAGAGCUCAGCCGAGCCCGCCAGCAGGUCCAGCAGCUCAGGCAGGAGGUGCAAGAGCAGCAAGAGAAGGGGCAGCUAAGUAACAUCAAGGAAAAUCUGCAAGCUGAGCUGCAGGAAGCUCGCAGUGAAGUCCAGGCAGCAGAGAGGAGGCACAAGCAAGAGCUGCAAGGCUUCGAAGAGGAAAUGAAUCUGCUCCUUGAGCAGAAGGAGGCUCUACAAAAGCAGGUGAGUGAAAGAGCAGUGGCAUUGCAGUCAUGCAGUGAGGGGUCUGUGGCCUUCUUGCGUUUCCACGGCAGAGCAGCAGCUGCAGUGGCAGAGUUGACAUCUCAGCUGGCAGCCUCCCGAGAGUGCCAGGAAAAGAUUGUGCAGAGAGCCCAGCAAGAUGUGAGGGAGGCCCAGGAAGAGUCCAGGCAGAAGCUCUCGGAGGUUGAGCAUGUCCAGAAGCUGCUGGAGGAGGCAGAACAUCAGAAGAAGGAGCUGCAAGCACAUCUGCAGGACUUGGAGAGGGAAAGGAGUCAAUGGGAAGAAGUGGCACAGCAGAAUUCAGAAUUGCAGGCUUCCGUCAAUGCCCUAGAGAGGGAAAAAGCCAGGCUGAUUCUGACUCUGGAGGAAAAGAACCUGUGCCUCAGAACCCUGGAAGAACAGAACAUGGCACUGAACAAUCAUGUCUCUCAGUGUCAAUCUGCUCUUCAGCAGGCCAACCAGCUCUCUUCAAACCGCGCUGGACAAGUGCGGGAGCUCAACACCCAGAUCCGGGCCCUGCAGGACGCAGUGCUGCAGAUGGAGGCUUCCCAGGCAACUCGAGAGAAGCAGCUGCUGAAGGAGCUGGAGGAGUCUCGAGCAGGAGAACGCUGCUUGAGGGACUCUGUGCAUGUGCUGGAGGCUGAGGUGUCUGAGCUGCGUGUGAAGCUCCAGAGCUCUGAUGACAAAGCUCUUGCCUUGGCCAUACAGUGUAAGGCUCUGGAGCUGGAGCUGAGGAAGACACAGACUAAGAGAGACAACCUCAGAGCCUGCAACAUGGAGCUGCAGAAAGAGUUGGAGAAAAGUGAGCAAGAUUUCUGGAAGGCAGAAGUCAAGCACAUUUCUCGAGAAACUGCCCUGCAGAAAGAGGCCACGGAAAGGCAGGAAGAGGCUGUGACUCUUCGUCAGGAGGUGGCAUCUCUGAAGAGGAAAUUGGAAAUCCUGAAGAAGGAAAGGCAGGAUGUGCUGCAUGAACAGGAAUUGUACCAGCAGCACAUGAGACAUCUCGAAAAGAAGAAUGAAAUACAUGCACUUGACAUGCCAAAUCAACAGAAAAUAAUGCAACAAUUGAACACUGAAAAGGAAACCAAGCAAGAAGAUUUGGAGCAUGUGGCUGCUGCUUUGAAGGAAGGAAGAGGGGGAACUCUGAGUGCUGCAGUGACCAAGUGUAAAAUUGUCAAAGGGGCUCUGAAGAAUCGCUUGGCAUUCCUGAAGGGAAAGACUUGUAUCCAGGCAGGCACUGGCAUUGAUCUUCAGUCCACUGCAACAUGCCUGAAUUAUUCCAGAGAUGUUUCCCAUCAAGAGGCUCUUGGAGCACAAGAGGAGCAGCUGUUUCGUGGCUCAGGGACCAGCCUGGAAUCAAACAAAGUGGUUGCAUCAGCAGAGGAGAAGAGAGAGAGGCCUGAAUUAUCCACUGUGCCCUGGAGAAGUGGCGAGCAGCAGGCUCUUGGAGCACAAGAGGAGCAGCUGUUUCGUGGCUCAGGGACCAGCCUGGAACCUAAGGAGCCAGUUGCAUCAGCAGAGGAGAAGAGAGAGAGGCCUAAAUUAUCCACUGUGCCCAGGAGAAGUGGCGAGCAGGUGGAACCUGAGAGGAGAAUCAGAGAUUUUAGGCGACUCUUCCUCCCAGACUACUUCAUGUUCCCUGUCCACGAGUCUGCCCAUCGAAAUCGGUCGACUUUUGAAACAGAAGACUCCUCCAGUAGCUCAGGGGAGUAGCAGCCCUCGUGCUGAUGCACAGCCUGUGGAGAAGAGGGUCAGUGGCCCAAAUGUGUGCUUUGGAAAUCAGAGCUGGGUUCCUAAAUCCCAUUGGAAGUCUCUCCAAUAGACCUGUGGUGGCUGAGAGGUGAAUGGACGUGGGAAGUGUUUGCCAGCCUUGAACUGGACUUGUUGAUCUUCUGAGCUGUGUUGUGUCUGGGAGCCUGUUCCUUUCCCCUUGCCCAAGGGCAGAGUGUUGCUGAGGGCUGGAGUUG